GUGGAGAGAGAAGUAGAGAGAUGGUGAGGGUAAGAGUGAGAGGUGGUGAGAAAGUUAGUGGUAGAGAGAAAGAGAAGUGACACAGGAAGUGAGAGAGUGGUUAGCUGAAGACAGAAGAAUAUUCAAACUUCGUUGGAAUCUACAUGUCCUUUCUCUUAAUUGGUGAUGUGAGAUAACAUGGUGGUCUCUCUCUCUCUUGCUCUCUCUCUCGCUCUCGCUCUCUGAGGUUAGUCUUUCAAGACAAGCUCUCUGUUGGACGUUCAAGAUCACAAACGAAGGCUUCCUCUCUCGAAGGUACACAAGCUAAAGCUCUCUCUCUCUGAGGUGCCCGGGUGAGGUCAGACUAAGGCUCUCUCUCUCUCUGAGGUGCCCGUGUGAGGUCAGACUAAGGCUCUCUCUCUGUGAGGUGGUCGUGUGAGGUCAGACUAAGGCUCUCUCUCUCUCUGAGGUGCCCGUGUGAGGUCAGACUAAGGCUCUCUCUCUCAGUGAGGUGUUCCUACGGUGCCACUGACUGAACGUCAGGCUGGAGGGGGGAAACAAGACCAGUCUGUUUCAGAGGAUUUCCUUCAGGAAUUCUUCACAUCGUGAAAACAACCAGCGUCCCAACGAUGGCAAUCAGAUGGGCGGGGGUGGGAACGACAGUGGACCCAGCAGGCUCCACAGGACACUGUCCCGUUUUGGGAGCAGACACUCCCGGGACCCCCAGAGACAGGCCCGGGAGGCCCCCAGGCCGCCUCCAGAGGACCCACCAGCUCCGCCGCCGAGACCCCCUGCUGCCCAAGCUGAAAGGCCCGCUCCUCCGAGCCCAGGACCCAAGCCGGCACUAGCCCCUAAACCUCAGGCCUCUGCUCUUGCUGAGAGGCCACCCAAGCAGUCAACUUCUAAACCAAAGCCCAGGCUUCCACCAAGGCCUCUGUCAAAGUUGUUUACCAGCAACAAGCAUGGUGAAAACCUCCUGCAGGGUUUGGAUUGUUUCCGCGGCGACACAACCCUGUGUGAUGUCAUCCUGGUUGCCGGCGACGCCAGCGAGACCUUCCCUGUUCACCGGGUCAUCAUGGCCUCCGCCAGCGACUACUUCAAAGCCAUGUUCACCGGAGGCAUGCGGGAGCAGGAGAUGGAGGAGAUCAAGCUCCAUGGCGUGACCAGGGCCGGUCUGAAGAACGUCAUAGACUUCAUCUACACCUCCAGGGUCAACCUCAACAUGGCCAACCUGCAGGACACUCUGGAGGCGGCCAACUUCCUUCAGGUCAUGCCCGUGUUGGGCUUCUGCAAUCAGCUGCUGAGCAGCGAGAUCACGGUGGAUAACUGUGUGGAGGUGGAGCGUGUGGCAGUUGAUCUGCUGCUGGAGGAUGUGCAGGAGAACAUAGGUGAGUUUGUGAUCCAGAACCUGUGUGAGCUGGUGCAGAGCGGCCGCUACCUGGAGCUGUCGGCCAGAGGCAUGGCCCAGGCCCUGGCCAGUGACUCCCUGAAGGGCUUCUCAGAGAUGGAGCUGUACGGCAUCGCCCGCGCCUGGCUCAACCACGACGCGCCCUGCCGCCGGGCCUCCAUCUACACCCUGAUGCGGCACAUCCGCUUCCCCCUCAUGACCCCCGGCCAGCUGAUCCAGAUCUCCCAGUGCGAGGACGAGGGGGACGAGGAGGGAGGAGGGGCGGGGUCGGCGGCGGGCAAGGAGACGCUGAUGCGCAGCGACGCGGCGUGCGUCAGCCUGCUGCUGGAGGCCAGCAACUACCAGAUGAUGCCCUUCCUGCAGCCCACGCUGCAGACCGAGCGCACGCGCAUCCGCUCAGACGCCACGCACCUGCUGGCGCUGGGGGGCGUGAUGCGGCAGCAGCUGGUGGUCAGCCGCGAGCUGAGGCUCUACGACGGGGAGAGCGGGUUGUGGAGGGCCCUGGAGCCCAUGGUGGUCCCUCGCUACCAGCAUGGGGUGGCCCUGCUGGGGGGCUUCCUCUUCAUAGUGGGAGGCCAGAGCACCUACGACACCAAGGGGAAGACGGCGCUGGACUGCGCGUACCGCUACGACCCGCGCUUCGACCGCUGGCUGCAGAUCGCCUCGCUCAACGCCAAGAGGACCUUCUUCCACCUGAGCGCCCUGAAGGGCCAGCUGUACGCCGUGGGGGGGAGGAACCUGUCUGGGGAGAUCGACAGCGUGGAGUGUUACAACCUGAAGAGGAAUGAUUGGACAUUAGUGAGUCACAUGUCUGAACCUCACUACGGACACGCUGGAUCUGUGCACGGUGACCUCAUGUAUGUCUCAGGCGGCAUCACCAGGGACACCUUCCAGAAGCAGCUGUGGAGCUACGACCCGGCGGCCGACGCCUGGACACGCCGCGCCGACAUGAUGGAGCUGCGGGGGCUGCACUGCAUGUGCGCGGUGGAGGACCGCCUCUACGUCAUGGGGGGCAACCACUUCGGCUCCACCAGCGACUACGACGACGUGCUGAGCUGCGAGUUCUACAGCCCCGCGGCGGACCAGUGGACGGCAGUGGCCCCCAUGCCCCGGGGCCAAAGCGACGUGGGGGUCACCUUGUUCGAGGGGAGGGUCUACGUGGUGGGGGGGUACUCCUGGAACAGCCGCUGCAUGGUGGACAUCGUGCAGUGCUACGACCCCGAGCAGGACGCGUGGGACAGGGUGUUCAACGUGCUGGAGCCCCUCGGGGGGAUAAGGGCGUGCACCAUGAGGGUGCACGUGCCAGAGGACUGCGUGGACGAGGCGCGGAUACAGGACUGCCCGCUGCCCACCGCCAAGAGCUGACUGAGGGGGGUACGUCUCAGAGCCAGAGGAGGGGGGCGACCGUGGCUCUGUUAUCAAACUGCUUCCACAAAGAGAUUACAAGGACGUUGACAGAAAAACACAGGGUUGGUGACACCCUACAGGAUAUUGUUAUGUCUAACGGAAUGUGAUUGCCAUUCCUGAUUGAAAACAUCAGACCCCACCAAAUUCAGAUUUCAAAGAUAUAAACUAUCUAGAGAGAGCUCCUGUCUUAAGGUCCUUUUACAUCAGGCGCAUAAUUACUAAAUGACACGAACAUGCGAGAAAAAGAAAGAAAAAAAAAUGCGUUCAGUGUAAAAGGACCUUGAGUGUUUUGGAUCACACACCAAACAAGAUUGAAUAAAUAAAUGUAAAUAACAAAA